AGUCCAAGGUAUGGAAGUUGUGGAAUUAAGUCAUUCUGAGGCUGCACCAAGUGCAACACCUGCAAAAGCUGUAAGAGAUUGUAGUAAAUGUUAUAGAACCAAUCAAUGCAUACUUAAUGAAUUAUUGAGACAAAAUAUAUCAGAUGAAGGAGCUAAUGAUUCAAUAAUUUUUGGAUUUCAGUUUUCAGGUGAGUUUCCUUCUUCAAUAUCUCAUUUAACUACAUUGAUUAUUAUUGGUAUUCACUGUUCCUCAUUACUUUUAGCUUUAUCUGGUCAGCUCAUUGGCAUUGACUUGGUUGAUGAUGGUCUCUAUUUUGGUGUUGGAGGUCCUUCUUUUUGUUUCCCAUCACAAUUAUUACAAUUGAAAUCAUUACAGCAUGCAUUGGAGGAUAAUAUUAUGCACAAAGUAGAAUUGUUGUCUAUUGAAGAACAUCAUCCAUACAAGAAAAUCUUUGGCAAUAAGAAAAAGUCAAAGCCAACACAUAAAAAACUUGCAUUCAUUUGGUCAACUCAUUUCACUCCAAAGAAUAGAAAAAAUCAGCAUUU